ACCCAAAGAAAUCAACUCACGCACUCGCCCAACAUUCAAGUUCGCGUAUCCCUCCUUUCUAUUCCACUCGCCACUCGCCACGACACUAGUAAGCCGCGUUUUUCAAAAGUGCUUUUGUAGCUUCAGAGAUGGGAAUUGAAAGAGGAGGCUUGAAGGGGUUGAGGAGCGGCUGGACCGUGCCGCCCAAAAAGCCAUGCGACUCCUGCAAGCUGGCUUCGGCGGCGCUUUUCUGCCCCCCCGAUUCCGCCUUCCUCUGCAUCGCCUGUGACACCAAGAUUCACUGUGCCAACAAACUCGCGUCGCGCCACGAGCGCGUGUGGAUGUGCGAGGUGUGCGAGCAAGCCCCCGCUGCUGUCACGUGUAAGGCAGACGCUGCCGCACUCUGUGUCACGUGCGAUUCUGACAUCCACUCCGCCAAUCCCCUCUCCCGCCGCCACGACCGCCUUCCCGUUCAGCCCUUUUUCGACUCUGCUGAAUCCAUAGUCAAAGCUUCCGCCGCUGCCUCCUUCGGCUUCCUCGUCCCCACCGACGACGCCGCCGCCUUCGCCCCGGACGACGCCGACGCCGCGGCCUGGCUCAUCCCCAAUCCCAAUUUCGGCUCCAAACUCAUGGACACACCAGAUAUCAAGUCCAAGGAGAUUUUCUUCUCUGAAAUGGAUCCCUUUCUCGAUUUUGAUUACUCAAACUCCUUCCAAAACAACAACAGCACCACAAACGACAGCGUGGUUCCAGUUCAAAGCAAGCCCUCUCUGCCUCCCCCGCUCAUGAAUAACCACCACCAAUCAGAGAAUUGCUUCGACAUCGACUUUUGCCGCUCCAAGCUAUCGUCCUUUAACUAUCCAUCACAGUCUCUUAGCCAAAGCGUUUCGUCGUCGUCGCUAGAUGUUGGAGUGGUGCCGGAUGGGAACACGGUGUCGGAGAUAUCGUACUCGUUUGGUCGGAACAGUUCGGAUUCGAGUGGAAUUGCUGUGUCAGGGGGAAGUGCGGCGACCCAGUUGUGUGGGAUGGACCGUGAAGCGAGGGUGCUGCGAUACAGAGAGAAGAGGAAGAACAGAAAGUUCGAGAAGACUAUUCGAUACGCUUCGAGAAAGGCUUAUGCGGAAACCCGGCCCAGGAUUAAAGGGCGGUUCGCCAAGCGAACCGAAAUUGAUUCCGACGUGGACCGUCUCUACAGCCCUGCAACGGCUGCUGCGCUCAUGCUCGACACUCCAUACGGCGUCGUGCCCUCGUUUUAGUUUAAAAUAAAAUAAUAAAAAAAAAGGAGGGAGGGAGGGUGCAUGAAUCUAUGGAGUGGUGGGAAAUGUUAGAAUAAUGAUUAGUGAUUCUGCGGGAUUAUUAGAAGAAGAAUCGGUACGAACGUGAUUCUUAGCUGGAGGCUGGAGGCUGGAGGCUGGAGCGCGAUGGCUGAAGAUUUGUCUGGAUCAGCCAGAAAAGCCCGAUUACUUUUUUAAAACAACUUUAAAGGGCUUCUUUCUUCUUUAUAUUCACCUCGUGUAGAAUUAGAAUCUGUACUGUAAACUCUUUUCACUGCCUUGCCCGCUGUCUCUUUUUAGUAUGAAAGUGUCUUUUUUAUAUCAGCCGGAUCACGGAUCUCUUUCCCCGUUCUUAUUGGGUGGCAGUGCCAGUGUGCCACUCUCCAACUAUAUAUAUCACUUUUUUAUUACAUGAUCAUCAAACCCUUUGCUUUUA